AUGUCCACUGCUGCGAAGAACAGAGCUAGCCUUACACAGUGCGCUCAGUCUCGGUACUUUAUUUCUCUCGGCAGCCCCUCGGCGGACGAGCUGAUCGAGUCAAUUCCCGCCCAAGUCGCGGGACAUUCACCGGGCCUCCCUCUCCGCAUCGAUUUUUGCUGGCCCGAAGAUGAGGUCGAAAUCUUGGAUGAAAGAUUAGCCCAGGUCUCCGACAUCUCGAACCACAUGUCACGAUUCCAAUACGAUUACAAUUCCAAGACGGUUUCUCUCACAAUGGGCAAAUCCCAGGGUCAUGCCUACCUCGCCGGAAACUUUUGCGUUCUAAUUCAAGAAAAGCUCCGAAAUUUCACCUUGACUUCUGGCUGGGAAAGAGUGCCCGAGGAAUUGGCCGUCCGGGUCAGGCGGGUCAGGCCAUUCUUCACAGCCAGUGUGCAGGUCAAGGGAUUGGGCAAGGCGAGGGUCAGCGUUUUAGCAGCCGACAACAAUGACGGCAAUGGCGACAGUAGCGCCGAUGGCUUUUAUUGGGGAAAGCGUGGAGAGGUCUUCCACAGCGAAUUUAACCCGCUCUUUCACAGGCCUCCUCAAUUUAGCAUCUCGUAUCGAGAGUUGGGGGCUCUAUUCCGUAUCGCACGGCAUCUCGCCAGGCCCGAUCAAUUCGAUGUGAGAGAAGAAGAUGAAGAUAUUGUGGACGAGACGUUCCAGCAGCAUGACCUCAAACUUCAGCGGCAGCUCCGAGAAGCCGAAGAGCGUUCUGCCCAGGCGGUGCUGGGGGCCGAAGAGCGCAUUGCGCGGGAGCGUCAUCGGCGCCUGGAAGCCGAAGAGCGUUUUGCUCGGCUUCUAGCUGCGCUCGCUCCUCAGAAUCAGCCGGACUCUGAGAUGAUUUAG